UGGGGGGGGGCUGCCGGGCAUUAGCAAGCAGAUGGAGAGGCUUUGUAGUAUGCGUGGGCGUCUGGCUAAUCACACACAUUCAUUUGUACUUUUAUUUGACAUUUUCUUACUGUAACUACGAGUCUCCGAAGGACGUAUUUUCUUGCUGUGAUCCGGUUGACGUCUCAUUUGGAGCAGCACCAAUCUUUCUGUGGAUCACACCCAAUUAGCAGACUUCCUGUCCUCUCCCUCACCCUCCUGUUCCAGAUUAAAGCCACAACGUUAUACCUGCCGCACUUAGCUCCCGUCAAGGACGGCCCACAGGGGCUCACGCAGUUGGGCUUGUUUACUCGCUGACCGUCGCCGGUGUCAGGCGUAGCCUCUGGUGUUUUAUGGUUCUUUAAUGGGUGGAGAUGAGCGCCACCAGCAGCACCAGACUGACCCCCAGCCCCAACCUGCUGCAGGUCAACGAGCCAAAGCGCUAUGGCUCCACGCUGUCGCUGGAGGAGAAGUGUGAACAAUCUUUCUUCCUCUUCUACUACUACAGGAUGGAGGACGAGGCGGUGGUGGACCGCGGGGCGUCCCUACUCAAGCACCUUUGUGACGAAGAGGAGGUAGAGGGUCACCACACCAUUUACAUUGGGGUGCGUGUGCCCAAGAGCUCGCGGCGUCGGAAGCGCCACCGCCGGCGAACCGGCCACAAGGACAGAAAGGAGAGGUUGACGGGGAAUGCCUUUGACAAGUCGGACACGGAAAACAACGAUGAGGCCAGCAACAGCAUCCUCAAACCUCUCAUCUCGCCAGCAGCCGAGAGGAUCCGCUUCAUCCUGGGCGAGGACGAUGACGGCCCGUCUCCCCCUCAGCUCUUCACGGAGCUGGACGAGCUGCUGUCGGUGGACGGACAGGAGAUGGAGUGGAAAGAGACGGCCAGGUGGAUAAAGUUUGAGGAAAAGGUGGAGAAAGGCGGCGAACGCUGGAGUAAACCACAUGUGGCGACGCUGUCCCUCCACAGUCUGUUUGAGCUGCGCACCUGCAUAGAGAAAGGCACCAUCAUGCUGGACAUGGAGGCUUCCACUCUGCCUCAGGUUGUUGAGAUGAUCACUGACAACCAGAUAGAGAUCGGCCAGCUGAAGGCAGAGCUGAAGGACAAGGUGAUGUACACUUUGCUGCGGAAACACCGCCACCAGACCAAGAAGUCCAACCUGCGGUCCCUGGCUGACAUCGGCAAAACGGUCUCCAGCGCAAGUAGGCUGUUUUCCAACCAGGACAACGGUAACAACGCCCGCAGUCCUCUGGAGAACUCGGUGACCUGCCUGUCGGGUCACAUCUCCAUGGAGGACUUGCAGAACCGAAGGAGUACCAGUAUGGACUGGCUUAAUAGUCCGACAACGCCGCACAAGAACCUGGCGUCCAGCAGCAUGAACGACAUCUCUGACAAACCUGAGAAGGACCAGCUGAAAAACAAGUUCAUGAAGAAGUUGCCGAGAGACGCGGAGGCCUCCAACGUGCUGGUGGGGGAGGUGGACUUCCUGGACGCCCCCUUUGUGGCGUUUGUUCGUCUGCAGCAGGCUGUGAUGCUGGGAGCGUUGACUGAGGUCCCCGUUCCCACAAGGUUUUUGUUCAUCCUGCUUGGACCCAAAGGCAAAGCAAAGUCAUAUCAUGAGAUUGGCAGAGCGAUCGCCACACUGAUGUCUGAUGAGGUCUUUCAUGAUAUUGCGUAUAAAGCGAAGGACAGACAGGACCUGCUGGCUGGUAUCGAUGAGUUCCUGGAUGAGGUGAUUGUUCUUCCUCCUGGAGAGUGGGACCCGACCAUCAGGAUAGAGCCCCCCAAGUCGCUCCCCUCCUCCGAUAAAAGGAAAAACAUGUAUUCAGGAGGAGAUUCCCAGAUGAAUGGAGACACGCCUCAUGAUGGAGGCCACGGAGGAGGGGGGCAUGCCACGGGGGAGGAGCUGAAGAAGACCGGGAGGUUUUGUGGGGGUCUCAUACUUGACAUAAAGAGAAAAGCGCCUUUCUUUGUGAGUGACUUCACCGAUGCGUUUCACAUUCAGACUCUGUCUACCAUUUUGUUUAUCUACCUGGGAACUGUGACGAACGCCAUCACCUUUGGUGGUCUGCUGGGGGACGCUACAGAAAACAUGCAGGGUGUGCUGGAGAGUUUUCUGGGCACCGCCAUCACCGGUGGCGUCUUCUGCUUGUUGGCGGGCCAGCCUCUAAUUAUUUUGAGCAGCACCGGUCCGGUUCUGGUGUUUGAAAGGCUGCUCUUUAACUUCAGCAGGGAUAACGAGUUUGACUACCUGGAGUUCCGCCUGUGGAUCGGCCUGUGGUCGGCCUUCUUCUGCCUGGUGCUUGUUGCCACUGACGCCAGCUUCCUGGUGAAGUACUUCACCCGCUUCACAGAGGAGGGCUUCUCCUGUCUCAUCAGCUUCAUCUUUAUCUACGAUGCCUUCAAGAAGAUGAUUAAAUUAGCUCACCACUACCCCAUCAACUCAGACUACAGCAUGGAAAACAUCACGCAGUACGAGUGUCUCUGCAUGUCCCCGUUGAUCUUAGAAAAUGAGACAGAUGUGACUGAAGAUCCUUUAGGAGUUACAACGACGUCGUAUUUGGGCUACAUGGGCAUGACUCAAAUCCCUUCGUGGUCGAGGCUCACAAAGUCGGAGUGCUUACUGAACAAAGGAGAGCUGGUUGGAGACGCCUGUAACUACGUCCCAGACAUCACCCUCAUGUCCUGCAUCCUCUUCUUUGGUACCUACACCACCUCCAUGUGUCUUAAGAAGUUCAAAACGAGUCCCUUUUUCCCCACCACCGUGAGGAAACUCAUCAGCGACUUUGCCAUCAUCCUGGCCAUCCUUAUCUUUUGUGGAGUUGAUGUUUUUGUGGGAGUUGACACUCCUAAACUUAUUGUGCCAACCGAAUUUAAGCCAACGAGCCCGUACCGAGGCUGGUUUGUGGCCCCGUUUGGUGGAAACCCCUGGUGGGUUUAUCUGGCCGCCGCGCUCCCCGCCCUCCUGGUCACUAUUCUGAUCUUUAUGGACCAGCAGAUCACUGCAGUGAUUGUCAACAGGAAGGAGCACAAGCUAAAGAAAGGGGCAGGUUACCAUCUGGAUCUCUUCUGGGUGGCUGUUCUGAUGGUGAUUUGCUCCUUCAUGGGCCUGCCGUGGUAUGUGGCCGCCACCGUCAUCUCCAUCGCCCACAUCGACAGUCUGAAGAUGGAAACUGAAACGUCGGCGCCGGGAGAGCAGCCCAAGUUCCUGGGUGUGAGAGAGCAGAGGGUCACUGGAGUGGCUGUGUUCAUCCUGACAGGACUGUCUGUAUUCAUGUCUCCAAUUUUAAAGUUCAUCCCCAUGCCGGUCCUGUAUGGCGUCUUCCUGUACAUGGGCGUCGCUUCCCUUAAUGGAGUUCAGUUCAUGGAUCGUCUGAAGCUGCUUCUGAUGCCAGCCAAGCAUCAGCCAGACCUGGUUUACCUGAGGCACGUCCCCCUCAGGAAGGUCCACCUCUUCACCUCCAUCCAGAUCCUCUGCUUGGCUCUGCUCUGGGUCCUCAAGUCCACCGUGGCGGCCAUCAUUUUCCCCGUCAUGAUUCUGGCUCUGGUUGCUGUCAGGAAAGCCAUGGACUACAUGUUCUCCCAGCAUGACCUCAGCUUCCUGGACGACGUCAUUCCAGAGAAGGACAAGAAGAAGAAGGAGGAUGAGAAGAAGAAAUGCGGCAGCAUGGACAGUGAUGCUGAAGAUGAGACAAGCCCCUGUCAUUCCUUGAUCGACACACAUCGUGCUGAGAAGCUUCGCUUCUACCAGGACAGCUACUUAUCCAGCCCCGAGAUGACCCCGCUGAAGUCAGUGCCUCAGAUCAGGAUAGAAAUGGACCCAGAAGAUGAAGACACCAUUUACUGGAGGGGCCGGGGCUCUGAAACGUGUCUGUAGAGGACAAACCGGCAGCUUCCUGUCUUUUACACUCUCUGUUAGUCUUAACCUUCGUUUCCUUCCUGAUUUUAAGACUUCUGUUUUGAAUCGUUGGGACUGAAAAAGGGAUUUAAAAAAAAGAUGAACUGUAAGUACUUCUGUCUUCAUCUUCAUGUUGGUGUUCUUCUCACAACUUCACAGCAGGUCGCGGUUUCCCCCGUUGAUGAAAUAUAACUCAUUACUACUGAUCUAUGCAACUCCUGCCACGUGUCUGUCAUCAGGAAAUGCUGCAGCGCUCUCUCUACACAUGGAGUGCCAUCCCAUCUCUUCAUAUAUAAAACCUUUCAGAUUUGUUUUUAUACUGAAUUAUUCUAACGUUUUCCUGUAGCAGGGAAAUGAUGUUUUUAUAGCUCUACCUCUUGUUUUAGAUUUAAGUCCUAUUAUGAACAAAUGAUUCUCGAUGGAGUUUUGAUAUUUUGUCUAUGUUCUUUAAUAGAGUUGCAAUAAUUUAAGAAAUCUGCGUUAUUAUAGCUUGUAAGGGAAGUGAAGUAGAGGUUUAUGAUGAAUUAAAUUGAAUGAAUUAUGAAUUAACUGAGCACAUUGGGGUGUUUCUGAGCACUUAACCGACUCGGAUCUGAUUGCUUCACAUUGUUUCUAAUCAAAUCUGUCGUACUUUCUUUUCCCAAAUAUUGAUUUGUGUUUUUUUUUUUAAUUUAACAUCUUUUAUUAUCCUGCUGAUUUAAAGAAAGAUGACGUUGUGUACAUGUCGGUUCCAUUUCCUGUGUGUUUUUCUAUGAUGUGGGUAGAAGAUCAACUUAAUCACCCGACCUUCCUCAGCAGAACAUCAACUCUAACUGGGAAUGCAUAUCAUCUAAAAAUAAAUGAUUGUGCUGCAUAAACUCCUUUACCUAAGUGGCCUAAAAGAGAUCGAUUUGAACUGAGAUGUUGAUGGAAACAAACGCUGGGAUGUGGAAAUUAAAUUCAUGACAGCUUAUUUUCACAACAGGGACUUUGUGUAUUUUCUCGGCUGUCAUCUGACCUAUCGGUUGUUAAAUUAUUUGUUUUCUGUAUUUUAAAUGACAUUUAAGAUAUAAGAAGAAUAAAACCCCGCGUCAGACUUCAUCUCAAUUUCUAGGCUGCAUUUCGGUAGCUGUGUGAGUGUUAGGUUGGAUUUAAACAGACCCUUUAAAACUCUCACCGCUAAACACGAUGAACAGCAUUCUCACACUUUUUUUGUUUUUUUUUUAAACCUUUCAAUACAUCUCAAUGUUUGGACCUCCUUUUAAUGUGAAAAGUGCAGACAUUGUAAAGGUAAAAGGAAAGUACACCCUGUGCCAAUUCUAGGGUUUUAAAUGUCAGGACAAAAUUUACCCUGGGGUUUAUUAAACUUUACAUUUAUUUAAAUGUGACCACAAAUGUGGAAAAACCCCCCACACACAACAGAUACCAGAAUAUCUUUAUUAAAAUAGGAAACAAGCAUAAAGCCAAAAUAAAAUAAAAAAUUGUAUAUAUUGAAAGUAAAGUACACCCAACGAUUCAACAGCUGGAACCAUCUUUUAGCACCAAUACCUUCCAGUAGGUGUUCCCCAACUAUAUAUAUAUAUAUAUAUAUAUAUAUAUAUAUAGUCUAACAGUCUAAAACAGAAUAAAAAAUGACUGUGCAGUUAUUAAAAACGGCAUUCACAUUUCAGAAUAAAUGAAAUGUGUAACUGUGCAGGGUGAUUUGAAAAUGCAGAAAACAAAUAACGGUGCAUUAGAAAAACAGCGGUUACAGGUGCUCUCCAUGAUGCUGAUCAGUUAAUCCAGAACAUCUAAUUAGAAGCACCUCUAUUUUAAACACUUUUUCAGACACAGUUUUUCCAUUUUAACUUUGUUUAUGAAGUAUCUCUGAAACCAGGAACUGGAACCAGGUGUACUUUCUUUUUCCUCAUGCUGCGUACAGAUCGGAUCGAUGUUUUCUAGGAACCCUGUGAAAAAUGUCACAUAAGCUCUACUGAGUUUCCACAGUAAAAGACUGGAGCCUUUGAUCAAAGGACUUUUGGUUCAUAUUUAAGGAUAAAUUUGCUGUAAAUCUACCGGGUGUAUUUAACACACUGACACUGUUUUUUUGUUUUUGUGGACUACCUUAAUGAUGCAUCCCACAGAAAAUAAAUGCUUGGAGCUGUAAGGCCAAGGCAUAGUUAGCAACGUGAAGUCUGAACAAAGGCAUGUACUGAUGUUUCUUUUGGUUUUGGUUUUUGAACAGAUUGUGUGGAUGUGUUUUAAAUCCACACACCUGUUCUGAAAAGUGCACAGUCAUUAUGAACAGAGAUAUUAACAAGCCGCACUAAUUGGCUGAUAUAAACCAGGGUUAUCCUUUAACCGCAUUACAAUGGUGCAAAAGUGAACAACUUUUUAUACUUUUUUCAACCAUCAAGUCAACAGCCCGGCUGCAGGGUCACCCUGUUGCAGCACGGAUCCACAUCUUUCACACGUCUCAGCCGUGUUUUAAGCCUGUGGGAGGAAAAGAGCGCGGCUUAACGCUCCAGAGGUUUCCUGUGUGCCGUUAUCGGUUCAAACUUUGUCACAGACCGCAUGCAUGCCUGUCAGAAACCAGAGAGAUGAUCUGAGAGGAAGGAAUACUGACACUUUAUUUUUAAAUUAACAUUUGAGUCUUUUCUAGAACAGGUGAAAUGGUUUAUUGUAGAAUUUAUAUUUUUCGAAUGAAAUGUAUAUUUAAAAUAAACUGUUGUCAAACACUGAUGGUA